AUGCCGCAGAAUGAACACAUCGAGUUGUUCCAGAAACGAUACGGAAAGCGGCUCGAUGCGGAGGAGCGAACGAGGAAGAAGGAGGCGCGAGAGCCGCACAGGCGCUCGCAGGUGGCGAAGAAGCUCAUCGGCUUGAAGGCGAAGCUGUACGCGAAGAAGCGACAUAAGGAGAAGAUUGAGAUGAAGAAGACGAUUCAUUCGCACAGCGAGAGGGAUAAUAAACACAAGGUGGAGGAGAAGGCGGCGCCGGGGGCGAUUCCAGCGUAUUUGAUGGAUCGCGAGCAGACGUCCCGGGCGAAGGUGCUCUCGAACACGGUGAAACAAAAGAGAAAGGAAAAGGCUGGGAAGUGGGAGGUGCCUCUGCCCAAGGUGCGACCGGUCGCGGAGGACGAGAUGUUCAAGGUGAUGCGAUCGGGGAAGCGGAUGAAGAAAUCGUGGAAGCGCAUGAUCACCAAGGCGACGUUCGUCGGUCCGGGUUUCACGAGAAAGCCGCCGAAAUACGAGCGCUUCAUCCGCCCGAGCGGCUUGCGCAUGACCAAGGCGCACGUCACCCACCCCGAGCUCAAGGCGACGUUCCAGCUCGACAUUCUAUCGGUGAAGAAGAACCCGAACGGUCCGAUGUACUCCUCACUCGGCGUCAUCACCAAGGGCACGAUUAUCGAGGUAAACGUGAGCGAGCUCGGAUUGGUCACCCCGGGCGGAAAGGUGGUGUGGGGCAAGUACGCCCAGGUCACCAACAAUCCCGAGAACGACGGGUGCUGCAACGCCGUCUUACUCGUGUAG